GGCGCCGAAGUAGCUGCGGACUCCAACAAGGCCGCCGAUCUACCUCUUGUUUCGCGAUACCAGGAAUUGCAGUUGGCUGCGAAGAAGCUACUGACUCAGGCCCCUUCACGGACGCUCAGCGUGGAAGCCCUGCUCGAAGGGAACAAUAAUUCUCUCUUGAAUGCUUCCAUGCGAUUAGGGGAACUGAGCUACCAGGUGGAAAUUCUAGUUCAAGCUCUUGAUCGGCGUGAAAAUGCUCUCAAAGAGAUGAGCGAUCUGCUUAAGGAGGUGGAACAGGUUGCAGGUAUCCGAAGAACUGCCGACUUGGCAGCCAGCCUUCUCGCUCUGGGACAAGAUGAGAGUAGCGAUGUAGACAGUGGUCUUGAGCAGGCUUUGAUGCAAUUGGAUGAGGGUAGUCUUGUACAGGAUGAGACCUCCUUCACGCAAUACCUAGAAGAACAGAUGAGCCAAUCCGCAACCUCUCUCGAUCUUUCUCGCCUUCUUACCCAACUGUCUAAAGCACGAAGUCUGUUGCGAGGACAGGCAGCCUCCAAAAAUGUCCAGUUGCAACAGGCCAGUUCAGCCGCCCUGCAGGCCUACGACGGCAUAAUGAGUUCCUCCUCUGGCACCGAUCAGGCGUCAGUUCUGUCCCCGGAGAUGCUUGAGUCAGACUUCUUGCGUAACCGGGUCUACUCACGUUGGCAAGAUCUCUCGCAGUUCCUUGAUCACGCGGUAGCCCGGGUAGAGGCCAAACACCAGACCAUGGUCUCCAUCGAGGUAAACGUCUAUCGUCUCACCACCUGGUUGAACGACUUUGCGCCCUGUGUACAGAAGACCCUACAGGUACUGCUGGUGUCUGUUAGUGAAGGUGUCACCAAGCCCGAGGCCGCCCUCCGCGCUGAUGAGGAUGAGGCGGAGGAUCCAUCUGAAAUCUUGGAAAGGUUUCAAAUUGAACACGACCACUACUCCACCCUGUUUGACCUCACAAAGCGCGAGAUUGAGAGCGAUGGCUUUGUCAGUCCCGUUUUCGCCGCCCAAAUUGGAACGAUACAAUCGCGCUAUGAUAGUCUCAUCAGAACCACUCAGCGCCUGGACGAGGUCUGGACCGCGCAUCAGAAUCAGUCAGCUGCUCUGCUUCAACAAAUUCAGACAGAAUCCGAGGGUCUGGACCAGCUGAUGCGUCAGUUGGACGCUAUCGCCCUUGAGACCGGUAUCCUCCUUCCGUCGACGGCUUCCAUGAAGGAACGCGUGGAGGCAGCCGGGAGUCUGCUCGCCUCGAUGACUGAGCUACAGAAGCUGCGAGCAAAGUACCUUCGAUUGGUUGCCAGGGUGGGCGAGCUGUCACAGCGCUGUUUCCAUGCCGACGGCCUGAAGAUGCGUCUGAAGAGGAAGAAGCUGUUCCGGGCGGUCGCUCGGGAUCAUUCGGCUGCCUCGACUGAUCUUGAUAGCGAAGACGUGGAGGUAGCAGAGGGUGGUGAGCGCCCAAGUGAACCUCAGUUGCCGAACCUGUCGAAACAUUGUGCUACUUUAAGCUUCCGUCUGGCUUCUAUGGACACCUCUUCUAAACAGUGCCUGGAGGUCAUUUGCAGGAAGAUUGAGAAACUGUACGCAGACGCCAUGACAUCCUGGGAAACCUGGAUAACGAGUCUCAGCGAGAAGGUAGAACGAUGCACCGGAUUCACCGACCUACCCCUUCUCCUCAAGAACGAGCGGCGGGAGAUGGCUGAAGUGUUCUUCACUCAGCGCAGCAAAGCAAUACAGGAGUUGUUGGACCAAAUGGACUUUGGUGAGACUAAUCUGCUGGGUCUGACUCAGCUGAGUCGCAUAAAAAAUCGCGCUGCUCUCAUAGAUGAACCUGAUCUCGAUUACUCAACCCAAGAUGUAACUAAUUCCGCGGAUGUUGGGGACGCCGCGUUGUCUGUGACAUCCGAAGAAGGACAGGAGGUGAAGGAGGAGGAGAACCUCCGAGAUGAGGAGGACGUCAAGUCCUUGGCCAAGAUCCGCACAAGUCAAUUUCUGGUCACAAAACUACGCCAACAGAUUAUUGAGUACUUAAAACACAUCAAUGAGGCCGAGAAGGUCGUCCUGGAGACGUUUUCUGUUUUUGGCAAUGUUGAUCGCCAGCUCAACCCUCUUUUUGACCGACUGGACGAUCUAUUAACCUCCACUGAACCUCCCAGCCUGGCUUACUGUGAACGCUCGAUCUCCGUGGCAGAGGUAGGCUGGUAG